AAUAAUUGUUCUACUUCCGGGUAAACAACCCCAGGUGCACUUUUGCUUGGCACGACUGAACAUGACAGCACUACUACAAUAUUUACCCAAAAAUGUCCUGUAGUCUUGAUUUUAAUCUGAAGGAAUAUGGAUAUCAUAAUUUCCCAAGAUCGGUGACGAAGCAAGAUAAACAACUUUUGUCUUCAGUUUUUCAUGAAGCUGAUGAUGGAAACAAGGGAUUUCUUACUCGAGAGGAUGUCAAAAUGGCAGUUGCUGAAAUAUUUGGAUAUAAACCAUCAAAGUUAGAAACAGAUCAGCUUAUUCUAAAGUUUGGAGAAGAUAUCUAUGGCUCAAGAUGCAUAAAAUUGGCCAAAUUUAUGGAAGCCAUGUCAGAAAAGUUGAUGAAAUCAGAUGAAGACCAAGAUAUUAGACAUACUUUUAUGGCAUUUGACUCACAGUGUAGAGGAUUUUUGACAGUAGAUGACUUUAAGAAAGCAGUAGGGCAUGUAGCACCUCAUCUACCUAUGCAUGCUGUUGACAUGUCAUUCAGGGAGUUAGAUAGAGACGGUGAUGGCCGUGUCAGUUAUAAAGACUUUGAGUUCAUGAUGAAGUACAACCUAGCAGAACAUAUUUAACUUAGAUUUUAAAAUGCAAACAAACUCAGCAUUUUAACAGCAUUGAUGAACAUGCUUGUGAUGUUUAGACUAAGUCACAGUAAAAUGGGAAUGUCCAAUGUUUCCUUGUGAGGCUUGUGCAGUGUUCCAACCAGGAGUAAACAUAGACUCAAUGUGGGAAGGAUGCUCCACACAUUCUCAACACAUAUUUCACAUCUUUUAAAGAUACUACAGUAUUGAUGAUAUUCAUAUUGUUAAAUAAUAUAUUGUUAACAUUGACUAUUAUCUCAUGUUGUCUGUGAUAUUUUUUAUAAGAAUAAACUAUAUAUCAGUCUA